GUCUAAAGAUUCAUAUAAGUAUAUCUAAUCAAGUUUAAUCCAAAUCGGAAGUUGGUCGUGAUGGGUAACGUGUUGGACUCAUUCUUCACCGGUUUCUCACAUUCUAUCGGAAACUUCUUUGGUUCUCCACUUGACUUUCUAUCUGGAAAAUCUUGCAGUUCGGUUUGUCCAUCACCGUGGGAUUUCAUAUGCUACGUUGAGAAUUUCUGCGUGGCUAAUCUUGCAAAAGCUGCCUUAAUCCUAAUCUUAUCCUACUUCUUUCUAUUCUUCAUCUACAUGUUAUACAAAGUUGGUUUUUGGCAUUGUAUCAUCCACGGUUUCUGCAGACUCCUCUGGGUUUUGGUCUCUUGUUGGUUCUACAUGAUUAGCUAUUGUUGUAGUUUCUUCUGCUAUGAUCUGCUACACUAUAAACGUAGAAGAAGACGUAGACACCACAGAUAUAUAGAGGAUGAUUAUGAUGAUAAUAGUGAUAACGAUGGCGAUGAUGAUGGCGAUAAUGGGUCGUUCACAUACCAUAGAUCGAGGCGAGAAUGCAGAAGAGAAGAGCGUCUUAGAAAGUCUUUGAGACCGAGGAGCCAUCGUGUUAGAGUUGGUGUGAGAAAAGACCAUCGUUCUGACUCGGGUUUGAGCCAACAUGCUGAUGGUGGUAGUCCGAUUCAUGGUGUUAGAGUAGUGUUGAACCAUACUAUUCAUUCACUCGAAGUGAUCAGCAAUGACAACAAAAGUUUUAAGGUACCGAAGAUACCAGGGAAGAAGGUGAUACCUAUUCCUAACGUCAACGGCGAGGUUUUGGGGAAGAUUCUGAAGCUUUGCGCUGACCACGAAAAGGGGAAUGUCGGCAAAAUCCUUCCGAACAAGGACAUGCUGAGGGCCACGGACUACCUUGCUAUCGACUGGCUUCUCGAGUUGUUGGUCGAAGCUUUCGCCAACUCGAUGGAGGGGAAAACCGUUGACAAGAAAAAUUCGUCACAGAAAUCAUCCACGAUCUCGCCGGCUCGUCCUCGUAGAUCGCCGGCGAGUAUUCCGAUGAAACGGCCGGAAACUCCUUCUUCCUCUCACUUUUCUGCUUCUCCGGCUACUUCUUCCAGUCCAUUACUACGUUCUAGUCCUAGUCCGUCUACUUCCUCCGCCGCCGCUUCUGGUACGGCUGUUGCUUCCACGAAACUGAAGGAGAAUAUUACAGUCACGAUUCGGUUUCGUCCUCUCAGUCCACGAGAGGUCAAUAAUGGAGAUGAGAUUGCCUGGUAUGCAGAUGGAGACUAUACUAUUAGGAAUGAGUACAAUCCAGCUCUUUGUUAUGGCUUUGAUAGGGUAUUUGGUCCACCAACAACUACUCGGCGUGUUUAUGAUAUUGCUGCUCAACAAGUUGUUAGUGGGGCAAUGUCAGGGAUUAAUGGUACUGUGUUUGCUUAUGGAGUUACUAGCAGUGGGAAGACUCAUACAAUGCAUGGGGAGCAAAGAUCACCUGGAAUAAUUCCGUUGGCGGUAAAGGAUGUAUUUAGCAUUAUUCAGGAGACACCAGAACGGGAAUUUCUUCUUCGUGUUUCGUAUCUAGAGAUAUACAAUGAGGUCAUCAAUGACUUACUAGAUCCAACAGGGCAGAAUCUAAGAAUACGAGAGGAUGCUCAGGGCACAUAUGUUGAAGGUAUAAAAGAUGAGGUUGUCUUAUCCCCUGCCCAUGCUCUAUCCCUAAUAGCAUCUGGAGAAGAACACAGGCAUGUUGGUUCAAAUAAUGUCAAUCUUUUUAGCAGUCGGAGCCACACAAUGUUCACCUUGACUAUAGAAAGCAGUCCACAUGGAAAGGGAGAUGACGGGGAAGAUGUUAGUCUCUCACAAUUGCACCUUAUUGAUCUUGCUGGAUCUGAAAGUUCUAAAACUGAAAUAACUGGACAGCGGAGGAAAGAGGGCUCUUCCAUCAAUAAAAGUUUACUCACUCUUGGCACUGUUAUAUCUAAAUUGACAGACACCAAGGCAGCUCAUAUACCCUACAGGGAUUCUAAACUUACGCGUCUCUUGCAGUCAACACUAAGUGGUCAUGGACGAGUAUCACUUAUUUGCACUAUCACACCUGCAUCCAGCACAAGUGAAGAGACGCACAACACACUGAAAUUCGCCCAGAGGUGCAAGCAUGUUGAAAUCAAAGCUUCACGAAAUAAGAUUAUGGAUGAAAAGUCCCUUAUAAAAAAGUAUCAGAAAGAAAUAUCGUGUUUACAAGAGGAACUUACGCAAUUGAGGCGUGGAAACCAAGAAGAUUUGGCUGAUCGAAAACUUCAGGUUAAACUUCAUUCAAGGUUGGAGGAGGAUGAAGAAGCCAAAGCAGCUCUGAUGGGAAGAAUUCAGCGAUUGACAAAAUUAAUCUUGGUUUCAACAAAAAGUUCACUCCAAGCUGCUUCUGUAAAACCUGACCAUAUAUGGAGGCAAGCUUUUGGAGAGGAUGAGCUAGCAUACUUGCCCGAUAGAAGACGGGAGAACAUGACUGAUGAUGGUGCUGAAAGCACAGUUUCUGAACAUUUAAAGGAACCAAGAGAUGGCAAUAGUAGUCUGGACGAGAUGACAAAGGACAGGAAAAAGAACAAGACUCGUGGAAUGCUUGGCUGGCUAAAACUGAAAAAAUCUGAUGGUGUGGCCGGGACAUUGCCGACUGAUGGUAACCAGAGCCAAGCAAGUGGAUCUCCUUCAUCUUCCUCCAAGUGUACACAAACAAAAACAACUAGAAGAGAAAAUGCAGCAGCUAUCAAGUCUUUUCCAGAAAAAACUGUUGCUGGAGACUUGUUCAGUGCUACUGUUGGACCAGGAGACUCUUCUCCGAUUGGAACUACUAUAGCGGAUCAAAUGGAUCUUCUUCACGAGCAGACAAAAAUACUUGUUGGAGAAGUAGCGUUGCAUACCAGUUCAUUAAAUCGGCUUUCCGAACAAGCUGCUCGCAACCCUGAGGAUUUUCACAUCAGAGUUCUGUCGAAGCUCACAAUGCAACUAAAUGAGAAAAUCUUUGAACAUGAGAUAAAGUCUGCAGACAAUAGGAUACUUCAGGAGCAGUUGCAGAUGACUAAAUCAGAAAACGCUGAGAUGCAAGAGACAAUCAUUCUACUAAGACAACAACUAGAUUCGUUAGCCGAGAGACAAUCAACACAGCAAAUUGCAGGAGAUGAAUCAUCAGGGAAGAAUACUCACAACAGAAAUUGUGAGGAGUCAGAAAUAUACUCUGGAGCAGGAACACCGACUAGCGUGAUGAGUUUAAAUAGAGUAUUUGCUCAGGAAGAGACUAAAGAGAUCAACAACGAAACAGCUCUCAACUCUCAGGCUUUGGAAAUAGAGAAUCUGAAGAAGGAGAAGCUGAGAUUGAUUGAGGAAAAAGAUGAGCUUGGAAAACUUAACAAGAAACUCACCGAAGAAGCUUCUUACGCUAAAGAAUUGGCGUCUGCCGCAGCAGUAGAACUCCAGAAUUUGGCUGAAGAAGUUACCAGACUCUGCAAUGAAAACGCGAAACUCAGCAAGUGAAAAAGUUCCAGGUCUCUCUGUUGUUGCUCGGAGACUCCAGCUUCAAGAUAAUGCUGCAAAGUAAAUCAUCAUCAUUGAC